AUGUAUCCCAUUCCAAUCAUACAAUCCAAGGUUGCAAGGUUAAGACGAAAGAUAAUUUUGGCAAGAAAACGAAAAAGACUUGAUGAUAAUGAGUCUGCUUUCUUUUGUGCUUCUGGACAAUCUUCCUCUGUUGUUGCUUCGGUGGCUAUUAAUUUGGCACAACUUUAUGAAGAUGUAAAUUUAUCGACUGUUAAGACGCACCCACCAAGCGCUGACACACACAGUGGCCAACAUGUUGACCCUUUUGUUGAUGAUGAAGUUUUGAAUGGUUAUGAUGAUUCAAUGUUGGAUGUGGAUAUGGAAGAUAAUUUUAUACCAUCCUCUGAAACCUUAGACGAAAAUGAGAUUAAUAAUCGAAUAGGCACACUUCGUUCCAAUGAAGCUAUAAAUGAGCGGGAUAGGAAAAUUGUGGCAAUAUUAAGAAACAUGCUAGACAAAUAUAAUAGUUUGGCAAAGAGUUUUCGCUAUGCAAGAGAUAGAUACCAACAGAAAAAUUGCACAAACAUAAAACUUAAGUUGAUUAGUAAAAGGACUACAGAUGGCAGGACAUACAACUUGCCAUCUGCAUCUGAAGUGGCUGCAUUGAUUAUUGGUGAUGUCGAACAACUUAGCAAAGAUAUGGAUAUUAUUAUAGAGAGUCAAUCUAGAAAGCUCCAGCGGAUUGAUAUUUUUCAUCCAUCUUAUUUAGCCUUGCAAUAUCCAUUGUUGUUUCCGUAUGGGGAGGAUGGAUUUCGUUUGGGUAUUGCAACAUCAGAUUCUAUCUCUGCUAGACCUACAAAGAUAAACAAAAUAAUCACUUUGCGACAAUUCUUUGCUUUUCGAUUACAGAAAAGGAUGGGUGAAUCUCCGUUAAUUCUGAGAUCAAAGAGAUUAUUCCAACAGUUUCUGGUAGAUGCCUACACAAUGAUGGAAUCAGAGAGGUUAAAAUUCUUUAGGUGUAAACAACCACAGUUGAGGGUUGAUAAAUACAAAUGUCUGCAUGAAAGUCUUGUAAACGGGGAUGUAGAUGCUGCAAGGCUUGGCAAAAGAAUCAUUUUUCCUAGUACUUUUACCGGUGGACCUAGAUAUGCAGGAUAUCCUAGCUAUUUUAUCACCAUGACCUGUAACCCUGAAUGGGAUGAGAUAAAAAGAGAAGUGACUUCCAUUGGAUUGAAGGCAAAAGACCGUCCUGAUAUAUUGUGUCGACUUUUCAAGAUCAAGCUUGAUGGUUUGAUCGAUGACCUCAAAGAGGGAAAAAUCUUUGGCAAAAUUUUGGGAUACGUUUGCACUGUAGAGUUUCAAAAGAGAGGGCUUCCGCAUGCACAUAUCCUUUUAUUCAUGAGUAACGAGUUCAAACCACAAACACCAGAUAACAUAGAUAAACAUAUAACAGCUGAGAUUCCUGAUGAAAAUGAAAGGCCAAAACUACAUGGAGCUGUUCAAAAUUACAUGGUACAUGGUCCAUGUGGUCCGUACAACAAGAAUUCACCUUGCAUGAAGAAUGGAUCCUGUUCAAAGUUCUAUCCUAAAGAGUUUAGACAGCGAACACUCAUUGAUGAGGCCGAAUUUCCCAAAUAUAGGCGUACUGAUAAUGGUCGAAUAGUGAAGAAAAGGGAAUGUGUACUAGACAAUAAGUUCAUUGUUCCGUAUAAUCCAGAAUUGUUGCUCAAGUUUGGGUGCCACAUAAAUGUGGAAUACACAUGCCAAACAAGUUCUAUUAAGUAUCUGUUUAAAUAUGUACACAAGGGUAAUGACCGCGUAACAGCUACUCUAUACAAUGCUGGUGAUCCGUCAGAAGCCACACAAGCUGUUGACGAAAUUAGGAAUUACUACGAUUGUAGAGCAAUAUCUCAUAAGUCCAUGUUUUUGGGAUGGAUGGCGGUGAACAUGUCAUAUCCCUAUGCUCGAAGUCUGACUUAUGCUGAGUUUCCAACCAAGUUUGUUUGGAAGGAUGAUUCUUCAAAGUGGUUUCCUCGAAAGAAAGGAUUCGCAAUUGGAAGGUUGACUCAUGUACCUGCAGAGUUAACAAUGUCAGAUGAUGAGAUUAAGCAGUUUUGCUUAAUGGAUAUAGACAAGAUCUUACAUUCCUAUGGUAAAACCUUGAAAGACUAUCCUCCUAUGCCUUUAGCAACUGAAAUUGAUAAUUCUUUGUUAACCGAAAGGGUUAUAAGGGAAGAGCUAAACUUUAAUAGGGAUGAUUUAAAGAAAAAUGCCUCAGACAUAUUAGCCAUCGCAACACUUGAGCAGAGAUAUGCAUUCGAUAAAAUUGUUACAGCUGUGUAUUGUGAUGAAGGGGGUUUUUUCUUUGUGUAUGGUCAUGGAGGUACUGGAAAAACAUUUCUCUGGAACCUUAUGUCUGCUGAGAUUCGCUCAAGGAGUGAUAUAGUGUUAAACGUUGCUUCGAGUGGUAUUGCAUCUUUACUUCUUUCCAAUGGAAGAACGGCACACUCAAGGUUCAAAAUACCGCUGAAUAUAACUGAGGAUUCUGUAUGUAACAUCAAACCUGGUUCCCCUCAAGCAAUGUUGCUGUUGAAAGCCAGACUUAUAAUUUGGGAUGAGGCUCUAAUGGUUAGUAGGUACUGCUAUGAAGCACUUGAUAAAUGCUUGGGUGAUAUCAUGAGGUGUUCUCCAACAUAUAGAAAAGAUUUGCCCUUUGGAGGAAAAGUGGUUGUACUAGGUGGAGACUUUAGACAAAUUCUUCCUGUCAUUCCACGAGGAUCGAGACAAGAUAUCGUUCAUUCAACCGUGAAUUCGUCUUACCUUUGGAAGUUUUGUCAGGUGCUCAAACUAACAAAAAAAUAUGAGACUCUCUGUAGGGACGACUGCUUCAGAUCAAGAUGAGACAGAGCAAUUUGGUGAGUGGUUAUUGAAAGUUGGUGAUGGUCUAA